AUGCAUGAUUCAAUAGGAAUUCCUGCUUGCUUUUCAUCUAGUGAUCAUAGGCAAGCUGAUAAGCCAGCCAGUGUAGGCAAAUCCGGUCAGAGCGUUUAUAUGUCAGUAUAUCGAAUAAAGCUUGCCGGUCAGUUUUGCUUGAUUACUGUUACAUGGUGUAGGAAUUUGUUAUUACAUGGCCUCUCUGUUUCUGUUCAAGGACCUGACGGGGACGAGCAUUAUAGUUGCAAAGUUGAGCUGAAGCCAUGGUAUUUCUGGAGAAAACAAGGAUCUAAGCAUUUUAUUGUUGAUGGUAGGACUGUUGGUGUGGUUUGGGACCUCAAGACAGCAAAAUUCAAUGGUGAGACCGAGCCGCGAUCAGAUUACUAUGUUGCCAUCGUUUGUGAAAAUGAGGUUGUUUUGCUUCUUGGUGAUCAAAAGAAAGACGCUUAUAAAAAGACAGGUUGCAGGCCAUCUCUUAUUGAACCGAUGUUAGUCUCCAGGAGGGAACAUAUAUUCGGUAAGAGGAAGUUCUCAACAAGGGUUAAGUUUAAUGACAAGGGAAUUUUUCAUGAUAUCUCAGUGGAAUGCAACAAUAAUAUCAGCAGCAACAGCAGCUCUGAUGGUUUUGAUCCAGUAUUGGAGAUAAGAGUAGAUGGGAAACUAGCUAUUCGGAUUAAACAUCUUCAGUGGAAAUUUAGAGGCAAUGAGUCCAUCAAUGUGGGCAAAAAUGGAGUAGAAGUUUUUUGGGAUGUUCAUGAUUGGCUCUUUGGUUCAGGUCUAAGGCAUGGUCUGUUCGUAUUUAACCCAAUUCCAUCAUCUUCUGUAUCAGCAUCAUCAAUAUCAGCUCCAUCGUCCCCUCCAUCAUCAUCAUCGAAAUCGAUGCCUCUGUCAAAUCAGGAAGGAAAUCCUGCAUCAUCAGGAGACUUUGAUAAUGCAACGGGUUCAUCCAGGUUCUGCUUGUUUCUCUAUGUCUGGAAGGUAGAAUGA